GGCGCGCCGAGGUCCGCGGCAGGCUCCGCCCCUGGCUUCUUCCCCCCCAACAGUAGCUGAUACAGAGACACGAAAGUCACCACUAAGCUUAUUUGAGGAAUCCUUCUACAUUAUGGCUAAAUCAAGAAGCCCAGCCGCCAGCAAUUCCGGGGCUGUUUUCAUUUUUAUAACAGCCUUCUUGAAAAAUAUUCCGCUAACUGAGGAAACUGGAUUUUCUACCGUCCGUUCAAACAGAUUUCUAAACAAAGUUCCUAAGAAUCUUUCAGCACAGACAACCGUGCUGGAUUUGUCACAUAAUAAUAUUUCUGAACUCCACAUUUCAGAUUUCAGUUCUAUUUUGCGAUUGCAGGUAUUAAAUCUGGCUCAUAAUAUCAUCCAAGACCUUGACUUCAGUGUUUUCUGGUACAAUGUAGACUUAGAAUACCUGGAUUUAUCACACAAUGUAUUACGGACGCUUUCUUGUCAUCCUGUUCUCAGUCUCAGGCAUCUAGAUCUCACUGGCAACCACUACACAGACAUGCCAGUAUGCCCCGAGACUAACAUGCCGAAACUGCAGUAUCUUGGCCUCAGUGCUAGAAGAAUACAGGGAUCAGCUCUCAGCGCACUUACGAAUAUACGACUGGACACUCUCCUCCUGAGCCUAGAAGACCUCUAUGAAUAUAGAGCAAAAAGCAUUCCACAGUUCAACACAAAGACCAUCCAGAUCGUAUUCCCUGCCAACAAAGAUGUCCGUAUUCUCAGGGAUCUAGAACUCGGCACUACAGAAAGUUUAGAACUGUCCAACAUCCAUGGUGAGCAAGUCAACGAGCUGAGAACAUUCUUGCUCAGUAGAAAUGGAGGAUUACUAAACCUAACUUUGAACAAUAUGCAGUGUUCCUGGGAAGAGUUCAUCAGCAUUCUGCAGGCUGCCUGGGAAACCACCAUUGAGCACUUAGUUAUUUCUAAUGCCACUCAGAUGGAUGCAACUAAUGCAGACAAUUUUAAUCAUACUAAAACAUCUCUAAAAACAUUGAUAGUUAGACAGACUGUAAUCACUUCAAUUAAAUCUGAUCCACAACACAUGUAUAGGAUAUUUUCAGAGAUGAACAUUACAGCUUUGACCAUUUCUGGUGCAAAGCUAAUACAUAUGCUUUGCCCUUCCAAACCCAGUCAUUUUACCUACUUAUGUUUUUCUUAUAAUAUUUUAACAGAUGCAGUUUUUGAAAACUGCAAUACCUUGACACUCCUUGAAAUGCUUAUUUUACGAGUGAAUCAGCUUAAAAAUCUAAUCAAAGUCAGUUCAAUGACCUGUCACAUGAAGUCUCUGAAAUAUUUGGACAUGAGCCAGAAUUUAUUGCAAUACGAAGACCAUGAGAAAGGAUGCAGUUGGGGUGAAAAUCUGGUUGAACUCAAUUUGUCAUCGAACCUGUUGUCUGAUUCAGUCUUUCACUGUUUGCCAGUUAAUAUCCAAAAGCUCGAUCUACAAAGCAACCAGAUUUCAAGUAUACCCAAAGAGAUGGUUGAGCUCAGAGCUUUGGAAGAGCUGAACUUGGCUUCUAACAGGCUAACUGAUCUGCCGGGAUGUGGCCAGUUUAGCAGUCUGAGAUUACUGAAUGCCGAAAUGAAUUCAAUAUUCACGCCAUCUUCUGAAUUCUACCAUACCUGCCAGAGCAUCAGAGAGGUAAAAGCAGAACACAACCCGUUCAUGUGCUCCUGUGAAUUAAGAGUGUUCAUUAAUCUUAGAAAACAAGGAAUGGUGGAACUGGUUGGCUGGCCGGAGUCUUACCUGUGUGAAUACCCAGAAUACUUGAGAGGAAUCCAGUUAAAGGACUUCCACAUCUCUGAGCUUGUCUGCAACACAACACUUUUGGUUGCCGUAGUUCUCGUCAUUUUAGUGGUUUUUGCAGUUAUCAUUUCCUUUCUGUGCGUCUAUUUGGACGUCCCUUGGUACUUGAAGAUGAUGUGGCAGUGGACUCAAGUGAAGCACAGGGUUUGGAAGAAUAAGCCUGAAGACAUUCAUGACAAUAUAAUAUUCCAUGCUUUUAUCUCGUACAGUGAGCGUGAUUCCGACUGGGUGAAGAAUGUCUUGAUUCCAAACUUGGAGAAGGAGGAUGGUUCCAUACGGCUCUGUCAACAUGAAAGGAACUUCAUUGCCGGCAAGAGCAUUGUUGAGAAUAUCAUAGACUGCAUUGAGAAAAGUUACAGAUCCAUCUUUGUGUUGUCUCCCAAUUUUGUGCAGAGUGAAUGGUGUCACUAUGAGCUCUACUUUGCCCAUCACAAGCUAUUCAGAGAAAACACCAACAAUUUAAUCCUCCUCUUGCUAGAACCAAUCCCAACACAUAUCAUUCCUGUCAGGUACCACAAACUAAAAGCUCUCAUGGCCAAGAGAACUUACCUGGAGUGGCCAGCAGAGAAGAAUAAGCACGGACUUUUCUGGGCAAAUCUUAGGGCAGCCAUUUAUAUCCAGCUUCCGGAGAAAUGAAUGACUUUUCCCUGAAUUCCCCCCCCCCCCCGUUUUUGGUGAAAUUAAAUAAUGAUUAAAGCAA